AGAUGUGGUUAAAUUGUUAAUUGAUUGAUCGAAUUGAGAAGAAGAAGAAGAAAAAUGGUGAAAACAGGAACGUAUUUUGCAAUGACAUUGGGAGCUUUUAUAUUCUGGCAAUCUAUGGAUAAAGUUCAUGUCUGGAUCGCUCUUCAUCAGGACGAGAAGCAAGAGAGAUUGGAGAAAGAAGCAGAGAUCAGGAGAGUGAGGGGAGAGCUGCUUCAACAAGCUAAAGAGAGGGGAGAAUCUCUUGCUUAGUGCUUAAUCUUGUAAUGCCAGUGGCUGCUCUCUCUAUUUUGUAUUGUCUCUUGUUUUUCUUGGAUUUUGUGUUCAAUUUAUUGCGUCGGAUAUAGCUUCUCAUAACUCAUAAGUAUAAAUUCUCUGAUGAGCUGAUGGCCAUGAUUGUCAUGGGUGAAUAAUUACUAUAUUUUAUAGAUUUCAACUUGUUUCUAUCAUCCGAAGUUAAUGGAAUCUGUAAUUUCAUCUGCU